ACUUCUAGUUAAAUUCCAUGGUGGUGCGUGUGUAGGAUAGUAGCCUAAAAGGCACUUUAGAGAACAGCGCAAGUAAGGUUUCUGUUUUGAGAAAACACUCCAUGUGCUCUUGCAUUAUUUUCCAUAAGUUUCCAAUGUCUCUCGCCUAGACCCACUUCUGGGAGAGAAGGAGGGGAGAUUCAGUGGAGAGUGAAACUGGCAUCCUGUAAACCCUGGGUUUACACACAGUCAUUGUGUGUAUCUCUCUCUCUCUCUCUCCCCCCUCAGUGGUAUGAUUCUUAAUGUUUGUUUAGGUAGUAUCAGCAACACAAGUGUGCUUUGUAGUAAACCAUCUAGCAGGGCUGUGCAGUCAGGGCAAGCAGGGGCAUGCUGGUCUCCCCCAGGCAAUGCUGACUCACUGACUGAAGUGGAGUACCUCACAUGCUUCUCUGUAAACCACAUUCAGGCCUUAUCUUGGUUCCCUGUUUACCUUUGGUGCCUGAUUCUGAUUAUAUGCAUGUUGGCCAGAACCUGCCUUAUCUUAUUAAUGUGCAUCUUUUUGUUUUUGGGGUUAUUUUGUUUUGUGCACUGUGAUGAUCAUAAACACACAAGUACAACCAAGCACUGCAGAAAAAUGUUUUGCUGUAGUAUUUUGCUUUAUAAUUUUUAGCGCUAAAGCCACCGCACACUGGAGAAUUGGCCAGGUUAUGAGGCAUUUUAAUGUGCUGGACUGGUCUGGGCCUGCAGUGUUCCAGUUUUGUUUCAGAGCUCUUAAAGCACUGAAUGUAUCAUGAGGUAAAAUUUGAUCCAUCAGCAUUUGUAUCUGUUGCAAUAUUAAAGCCAGGAGUUACUCUGGAGUGCUGAAAUGCAGAGCAGACAGUGAGGGGUCAGGCCAAUAUUGGCCUCUGCAUUAAUGUAGGUACCAUAAGGGCAGGGUGUGCGCAGUUUGCAUACAGAUUAGCUACAGGAAGGAGUGAGGUAGGUGGAAAAACAACAAACAAAAAAAAACCAAACCAGUCUGGACUGGUUGAACAAAAUCUAGCCUAGUUUUAGCCUAACCCUUUGGGGGGGAUGAUUUGUUUACUUGCCUUGUCCUUGUGCUUAGAACCUGUCAUGCGCAAGGUUAAUUGAAAUCCUGUUUCAUCUUUCAGGUAAAGCCAGUCUUUUUGAAUAGAAAAGAGGUCCACACAUUUCAAGAGAAGAAGAUAGCCUUACUUGGGAAUCAUAUGGACGAAGAAAUGAGUCGACAGACCGCCACCGCGCUGCCCACAGGAACCUCCAAGUGUGCCCCUUCCCAGCGCGUCCCCACCCUGACGGGCACCACGGCCUCCAACAGCGACCUGGCCAGCUUGUUUGAGUGCCCCGUCUGCUUCGACUAUGUGCUGCCGCCCAUCCUGCAGUGCCAGAGCGGCCACCUGGUGUGCAGCAACUGCCGGCCCAAGCUCACCUGCUGCCCCACCUGCCGGGGCCCCCUGGGCUCCAUCCGCAACCUGGCCAUGGAGAAGGUGGCCAACUCUGUGCUGUUCCCCUGUAAGUACGCCUCAUCCGGCUGUGAGGUCACCCUGCCUCACACGGACAAGGCGGAGCACGAGGAGCUGUGCGAGUUCCGGCCAUACUCCUGCCCCUGCCCUGGGGCCUCGUGCAAGUGGCAGGGCUCGCUGGAUGCGGUCAUGCCCCACCUCCUCCACCAGCACAAGUCCAUCACCACCCUGCAGGGCGAGGACAUCGUCUUCCUGGCCACGGACAUCAACUUGCCCGGCGCCGUGGACUGGGUUAUGAUGCAGUCCUGCUUUGGCUUCCACUUCAUGCUGGUUCUUGAGAAGCAGGAGAAGUACGACGGGCACCAGCAGUUCUUCGCCAUCGUGCAGCUCAUCGGCACCAGGAAGCAGGCGGAGAACUUCGCCUACCGCCUGGAGCUGAACGGACACCGGCGGCGGCUCACCUGGGAGGCCACGCCGCGGUCCAUCCACGAAGGCAUCGCUACCGCCAUCAUGAACAGUGACUGCCUCGUGUUCGACACCUCCAUUGCCCAGCUGUUCGCCGAGAACGGAAACCUGGGUAUCAAUGUCACCAUAUCCAUGUGCUGAGGACUGUUGGGA